AUGUUGCUCCUCCACCAAACGGGUAGCGUCAAAAUUGGCGAGGUCGUCCGCUACACAGUAACAUACACACCGUCUGCCGACCACAUUCUCCCGUCUCCCGAGUUUCUCUACCUUCGCAUCAAGAAUACGUGCGCCAUUGCCCUCCGAGCCGCCUUCGUCCACGGGCCAUACACACUCGCCGUUUCCGCGUAUCCGUCGACAUUCAAGCCUUUCGAGAAGUUUGAAAACCCUCGCCGCUAUGGUGUACCCGAAUUCGAACCCAUGCUCAAGGCCGGCGCCGUAUGGAACUGCCACCUCGUCAUUCCAGAUAACAUCCGCCAGAGUGCUGGAGAAGGCAGCAGCAAACAUGGUCAUUUCGGAGGUGGGCCGGGGCAUGAAGGGGAGACGGUGACGUGGGUGAUAGAAGUCUCCUCGCAAGUCGUUUUUUCGGCUUCGGCGUCCGUCAACUACGAGGUUUUACUGGCGCGCGACGAAAAGUCGUUGAACCUCGGCUCCGUGGUACCCGUCAUUGGGAAUCAGGCGCAGGCUUCGCAACCGGGCCGUGUCAGCGACUUCCAACAGAGCUCAAGCUCCCAGAAACAUCAUCCGGCUCAGCUGAAGGGUGUUUUUUCUAAAGCCGUUCGGCUCACGGUUGAAGACACAGUGGCCUUGUGGAAUACUCCCAGGAUAUCAGGAUGGGAUGAUAUUGGAUGGCUAAGGGCACGACAGAGCGAGGAUCCGGGAUCUGUCACUGCGUCUGAUGCUGUUGGCGGACAACCCAAAAAAGCGGAACAGAAGCCCAAGAGAAAACAGAAAAAGGUGCAUUUAGUUGUGCUCACACACGGUUUACACAGCAACCUUGGCGGAGACAUGCUGUUCAUGAAGGAAAGCAUUGACGCUGCAGUUAAACAGGCGAAGAUCGAUGCUAGGGUGCGCAAAGCACGCGAGUGGGCGGCUCGAAAGGCCGCAAAAGAAACCACCGAUGCAGAUGGGGAAGCGGAGGAGGGUCAAGAAGACAUCGUUCCAGAUGACGAAGAUGAAGAUGGUGAGGAGGUCGUCGUCCGCGGGUUCCCCGGAAAUGCUGCCAAGACCGAACGAGGCAUCAAAUAUCUAGGCAAACGACUCGCCAGAUACAUUCUCUCCAUGACCUACCCUGACCAGCCAUGCUUGCCGACUGCUAAAGCAGCUUCAGAGGCCAUCGCCCACACCCUUAAGGCGGGGGCACCGAAGAAAGGCAUCGAGGAGGCACACAAGCACAGCUCCGUUCACCAGACAGUCUCCACCGGGGGCAAUCGACUGUACAAAUUUACCAAAAUUAGCUUCAUCGCCCAUUCUCUUGGGGGACUUGUUCAGACAUACGCCGUUGCGUACAUUCAAAAACAUUCACCUCAAUUCUUCGACCUUAUCGAACCGAUCAACUUCAUCGCUCUGGCAACUCCGUUUCUCGGCCUGAACCAUGAGAAUCCGCUUUACGUCAAGUUUGCACUGGACUUUGGUCUCGUGGGGCGAACGGGUCAAGACCUAGGGUUAACUUGGAGAGCGCCGACUAUUGCACGAAACGGGUGGGGUGCUCUCAUGAGCAACCUUGGAGAGCACGCCCACAAGCGCGUGUAUGGCGAGCAUCAGCCCGAGUCCAAGCCGCUGCUCCGGAUCCUCCCUACGGGGCCGGCUCAUAAGGCGCUUAAAAAGUUUCGCAAUCGGACCGUGUAUUCCAAUGUGGUCAAUGACGGCAUUGUUCCCCUACGGACGAGUUGCCUCCUCUUUCUCGACUGGCAGGGACUUGGGCGGGUUGAGAAGGCUCGCCGGGAAGCAGGUCUGGUAGAGACUAUGGUUGGAUUCGGGUGGGCCGAGCUCACAGGAGCUAACGUGACGACUCCCAGGCUUGCCCCUUGGUCACCAGCAGACACGAGAGGCAAUGGCGCAGACGGCCCCAUCGCGGGCGGGGCCACGCCGACUAGCGAGGAGGACUCUCAUCAGGUCCCCCAACCGCCAACUAACGCCAUGCUUGAAGACGACCGACAGAGUCUGAGGUCGAUUGCUAGCCCCUACCAAGAGGGGCCUUCGGAGCUUCAGCAGCUCCAGAGCUCGACGACAGCGACGUCGAAUCCCUUUUCAGGAAUUUUCAGUUUCUUCCGCAACGAAACACCGAAACCGCCAGCCCCAACGUCUUCCAAGGUAACCAAGAUCUACCAACGGAGCCAGACGCUAAAAUCAGAGCAGUGGUCCCCUGCGGGCUCUGCCACCUCGUCUAAAUCCAAAGUCACCAGCGGGAAUGAACUUACGGAGGAGCUCGAGGGCAUGUCAGCACCUCCAAAGACAACCAUCUUCGAAUCCGCCGGGGACCUGCUUAACCCAAAACUGCCACCAAUCGAGUUCAUCAUUGACCCUUCCGCCCGUCCUCGGACUAUCUUCCAUGACCGCGUCUACCACACGGCGGACAUUCCUCCUCCGCCUAUCAAAGAACGGUCUUCCAGCCCUCUAAACUUGCGUCGCCGCGCACAAACAGUAACCUCUCAAACAUCAGCACCUAGCACUUCCUCCCCCCCACCGUCACAACCAGCGUCACACGCCAAAGAAUCUGUACCUUCCGAGGAAUCAUAUUCUUCCGAACAAACCCCAGGUCCUAAACCAUCCACAGCUUCCACCACCAAUGACGAAACCUCGACGGUUCACACCCCCUCCCUCGACACUAGUCGCGAGCCAGCCCCCAGCGAUCUUCCCAAUGACCUCGAUAUCGACACCUCCCAGAUGCGCGUCGAGGAGAAGAUUGCGCGGGCUUACCAUCGAGGCCUCUCCUGGCGCAAGGUCCUCGUCAAGUUAGAGCCUGAUGCGCAUAACAAUAUUGUCGUGCGCCGUACCUUUGCCAACGCCUUUGGCUGGCCCGUCGUUCAGCACCUUGUCGAAGCCCAUUUUUCAGAUACCGCCACCGCCCGGCGUAGGGACGAAGAUGAGCCAAAUGCGGAGCGGGCAAAGGACUUGAGCCAACCCCCGAGUAAAGGGGACGGUGGUGAGAGGAGAAAUACGGCAACGAGACAGGAUGCGCAUGGGGAACGGACCAUAAUCGAAGAUCGAGCUGGCCGCGGGGUGGGUAGUAGUGGCGGUGAUGAUAGCUCCUACGGUAGUGGAGAGGAAGCGGAUAUCGUGCCGGAAUUACCACGUAGUCCAAAGCUAAGCCCUUCGCUCGCCGCGUCGAGCACUACCAACACCGGAAAUGCGCUGGGUGUGUCUGCAGCGGGUGUGUCGGAUGUUACUUGGGCCAGAACUCCGACCACACCGCGGCCGUUGCUAGACCGGCUUGACUCGGUGACAUGGAGUGAGCGGGACUGGUUGGACAGCGGAGAUGAGAGUGAUGAUGGAGUAGGUGAGAGGGGUGACUCUAGGUCGGGAAGUAUGGGUGGUGGUCCUGAGGGUGAAAAGGGGGCAGCGUUGCGGGGCAGAGAAGGGGAGGGAAAGCUGGGAGUGCCGGGUUCUGCUAGUGGGGGGAAGAGUUCAAGAAGUCCAAGUCCCUUGAGUUGGAAUUGGGCGGAGAAGAUAGUUGGGAAAGGUGGCGCGGGGAAGUCGAAGUCCCCGAAAAUUGGUAGUAAUAGCCAUGCUAGUGCAGAGGUUGGGAAGACGGCCAAGUAA